AGUUUGUUACCCAAGAUGACAAAUAUUGACAUGGAUGCAGUUGAUGCUGAAAAUCAUUUGGAACUGGAGGGAAAAACACAGCUUAUUAAUCAAGUGUUGGAACCCCAACAUACACUUCAAGAUCUCCCUGUCAGAGGAGAUGCAGUUACGGAAGAAAAUCUCAAGCUAAAAUCAGAAAACCAAGUUCUUAGACAAUACACAGAAAAUUUCAUGUCAGCUUCUAGUGUUUUUCAAACAACUGACACAAAAAGCAAAAGAAAAUACAGAAUUGAAGCCCUUCUGUUUUACGGAAUUGCUGCUGACCUUUCUUUAUAUGUUGGACAGAUUUCAAAAGUGAUAGUACCUUUGUUUGUGGUUUCAUUGAAUAUUUAUGAAGCUAAUGUCAGAUGUAGGCAACAUUCAUAGCAUAACAGGAGACUUCCAUAAGUUUGUGUAUUAUGUUAGUCUAUGAGAAUGUGCAAAUGUAUUGGAAACUUAAUUUAGAAU